AUGUCUGCCCUUCAAAUGUCAAUGUACCAUGUCUUCACCAACUCGUUCACACUUUGGCCAGACGCCUAUGAAUGCCCGAAGAACCUGACCACUGUUAAGACCGCGAGGCCAGUACUUGGAUCGUUCUUUUUGUUUUUUGGAGUUCUGUUCAUAAGUCUAUACAUCCCUUGUUUCCUUGCCAUUGUGAAAAAGAAGUCUCGUGCUCCAGUCUAUCAAAUAAUGUUUGCCCUGGCCAUAUUCGACAUCUUGUCCCUUUUAGUUAACUCUGUUGGAACUGGAAUUUUCGACAUAUUGGGUAUAUCCUUCUGCCACUAUCCUCUUAUCAUAUUCUGCCUUGGUGCCACUGCCGGUGGGUCUUGGAUGGCUGGAUGUUUGGCGUGUGUUAUGCUGGCAAUUGAACGUUGUGUUGAGAUAAAUCCGAAAUUUCCAUUGGAAAUUUUAUUCCGGAAACGGGUGUUUCCAAUUGUGCGAAUAGUGAUGAUUGGUUACACAUUGUAUGCGAUGCUCUUCGUAAAAGGUCUCACAUUUUCAUUGGAUUUCAGCUGUUGGUUUUUUGAUCCGUUGAUUGGGAAAGAUCCUCUUCUAUAUCACAGCUACCCUCAUACUUAUAACAACUUUGCCGUCGGUAUAUCUACCACUGUUCUCUAUAUUUAUAUCUCAUAUCGUCUGAUUUUCAAAUUCGGAUACAGUACCUCGAUGUGGUUGUAUAAAACCAAGAGACAGAUUCUGUUCCAAGCAAUAACUCUUUGCAUAUUUCACACCGCAGCCGCAUUCAUUUACGAGUACAUGCAGUUCAUUGAAGUUACUCCAGUUAUCAUCAUAUUGCUAUACAUUCCCUGUUUCAUUGCAAUCACCCGAGUGAAAACUCUCACUCCGGCCUAUCAAUUGAUGCUUACUAUCGCUGUAUUAGACAUGAUAUCACUCACUUAUAACUCUCUGGUUGUCGGAUUUCUAGAUCUCCAGGGAACUCAUUUCUGUCAAUAUCCAAUGUUAAUCUAUCUGAAUGGAGCAUUUGCAACAUGUGUUUGGAUGACAGAUUGUCUCGCAUGCAUUCUAUUAGCAAUCGAGAGAUGUGUCGAAGUGAAUUCCCAACUCUUUUUCUCUUUUUUAUUCGGAAAACGCACGUUUUCCGUUGUGAUGGCUUUAACAUAUCUGUAUGGAUUGUACUCUUUCAUCUUCACUAUUCCAGCAAUUUAUACAUCGGAGUAUAGCUGUUACCUGUUUGAUCCACUAUUAGGAAAAGAUCCAAAUCUCUACCACAACUUCUCGCAUGCAGCCAACAAUGUAUUGGUAGCUUUGUCCACGACAUUUCUCUAUUUUUAUCUCUGUUCUUAUCUAAUUUUCAAAUUCGGAUACUCAACUUCAAUGUGGUUAUACAAAUCGAAGAGACAGAUAAUUCUACAAGGAGUCGUCUUAUGUUUCUUUCACGCCGCCGCUGCCAUACUAUACCUUUACAUGCAAUUCUUCUAUACACCCCUGUGGUUUAUUAUAGUGGGACAAGUAGUUUGGCAAAUGAGUAGUGGAUGUCUCUCUAUUGUUUAUCUGACUCUCAAUCGAACAAUUCGAAAUUCCGUUAUAAAAAUGGUUAUUCCGAAAUCGAUACGGACAAAAUUCGGUUGGCAUAUUGGAGUUGAGGAGCAUAUUGCAUUGGAAGCGACAGUGGAGACGACUGGUGGAGUGACUGUUGUGAAUGCUGGUGGUUUUGCCGUGAAGUUUGAUAAUUUUCUUUACUGA